AAUAAAGAAAAGGAUAAAUUGAAUUUAAUAAAGUGUAAAAUGGAUGGAAAUUCUUGGGAUUUGGCUGUGAAAACGUACAACCAUGUGGUCACCGCAGAGCUACGCAUCAACGAACUGGUGCAGGAGCGGUCUGUUGAUAUCCUUUGUGGAUCCGCACUUCCAGAGUCUGUACGAGAGUCAAUCUGGUGAUUCCCCAGUGCGGCAUCUACAGCCAGGCUCUGCUCACUCGGUUGCUCUUUGCGGUUGGCCUGGCCAGCACGCUCAACUCCUUUGCCAAGUGGAUACUUCCCGAGCAGCGUCCUUUGUGGUUGCUCCGAGAGAUCUACGCCAGCAAUGUGCGCAGCCCCAGCCCCGGCGUCGCAUUGGAGAGCCAUCCGCUGAGCUGUGAAACGACUUGCAUAUCCGGGCACGGAAAAUGGUUCGGGCAAUGCUUCGAUUUAAUUCCCUUCGAUACAUUUCGAAUAUUGUUCAAAUAUCAGUGUGACUAAUGGAGGUUUUUUUUUAAUCGUUUUAAUCUGCAGUAGAGAUAAUACAUGAAGGUGAGGUAGAAUUUCCGACGGCAGCUGCCGGCCUACGCACACGUUCCUGUUCCAUGUUACAAUAAUCCAGAUCGGCUUUAUAUUCUAACGAUUUCUUUUGCCUAUGAAAUUUAAGAAAGGACUUUGCCUUGAAAUCGCACUUCUAGGAAUUUCUGGAAAGUCGAAUAUCCAAUUGAACGCUUCCUUGGCCUUCUCUGAAUCGACAAUAUAAUCAUCGAGAGGUACCACCUGUUUUUUCGUUGAUGCAAAAGCGUGAUAUUCUUGGAAAUUAAGUAAAUUGGCAAGUCCACUAUUUUAUACUCGAAGAAGUUAAGUUUUCUACAAAAAUUAUGACCCAAUGAGUGUUAAAUGUUCUCUAUGUUAUUCGUAUACAGCUUCAGAUUCAUUGAAUGCCUAAGUUGAAGUUAAUAGUUCCUAUCAGCACACCUCUGUCAAUCACAAAAUGAUCUCUUCUACGGUUUAAGAAACCAUUGAACUCAUUAGAUUUACAGGGACCGCCCCACCAUACACGCGUACACUCCAGAGAUCGACGGAAAAUUUGGCGCAAAAGCUGCAAUAAAAUAUUGUCUUUCCUCCACUAACCGGUUUUGAACAAUCCUUAGGUAAAGUCAUAUUUCCUCAAUAAAAUCUACAUUUGCAAUCAUA